AUGGCGCGGCAAAUGACGUCAUCUCAGUUCCACAAAUCAAAGACUCUCGACAACAAAUAUAUGCUGGGAGAUGAAAUUGGUAAAGGAGCUUACGGUCGAGUUUAUAAAGGGUUAGACUUGGAGAAUGGAGACUUUGUGGCUAUUAAACAAGUCUCUUUGGAAAAUAUUGUUCAAGAGGAUCUUAACACCAUUAUGCAAGAAAUUGACUUGUUGAAGAACUUGAACCAUAAAAACAUUGUCAAGUAUCUUGGGUCUUCGAAGACAAAGACUCACCUUCACAUUAUUUUGGAGUACGUUGAGAAUGGCUCUCUUGCAAACAUUAUUAAACCAAAUAAAUUCGGACCUUUCCCGGAAUCGUUGGUGGCUGUUUACAUUGCUCAGGUCUUGGAAGGUUUAGUAUAUCUACACGAGCAGGGUGUCAUACACCGAGAUAUCAAAGGUGCAAAUAUUUUGACGACAAAGGAGGGUCUUGUUAAGCUUGCUGACUUUGGAGUUGCCACUAAACUUAACGAGGCUGAUGUUAACACUCACUCAGUGGUUGGAACUCCUUACUGGAUGGCUCCUGAGGUUAUUGAAAUGUCGGGAGUUUGUGCAGCUUCGGACAUUUGGAGCGUUGGAUGCACUGUUAUCGAACUUCUGACAUGUGUACCUCCUUACUAUGAUCUGCAACCCAUGCCAGCUCUCUUUCGUAUUGUUCAGGAUGAUAACCCUCCUAUCCCGGAUAGUCUUUCUCCAGAUAUUACAGACUUUCUACGACAGUGCUUCAAGAAGGAUUCCAGGCAGAGGCCUGAUGCAAAGACACUGCUCUCUCACCCUUGGAUACGAAAUUCUAGACGAGCAUUGCAGUCAUCACUUCGGCAUAGUGGCACCAUCAAAUAUAUGAAGGACCCCGCUGCAAGUUCGGAGAAGGAUGAUGAAGGUAACCAAGAUGUAGCUGAAAGCCUUUCAGCAGAAAAGGUGGGGAUGUCAGAAACUGACUCAAAAAGCAAAUUACCUCUGGUAGGGGUGGCGAGUUUUAGGUCCGAGAAAGAUCAGCCUACACCUAGUGAUCUAGGUGAAGAUGGAACGGAUAAUUCAGACGAUGAUGUUAUGUCAGAUAAAGUUCCUACACGUUCGGUCAGUGAGAAAUCUUCUCUUCAGUCUGGUGCUUUAAGUAUUCCUUCGGAUGCUAAGGGGACAUCUCAAGAUGUACAUGGGAAAUCUGAACAUGAUGAAACAGCUGGAAAUCUUGAAACCGAAGCUUCUGAAGCCAGAAAAAACAAGCAAGUUGGAAAAGAAUGUUCCAUCCAAGUGGACCAGACAUCACAUAGUUCUGGCUUAAAAGGCGAAGAUCGUGGGAUUCGAAAGGCUGUGAAGACUCCAUCUAGUCUUGGUGGGAAUGAACUGGCUCGAUUUAGUGAUCCACCGGGGGAUGCUUCUUUGCAUGAUUUGUUUCAUCCAUUGGAUAAAGUUCCUGAGGGAAAACCAAAUGAAGCCUCAACAUCGAUGCCUACAUCAAAUAUCAACCAAGGUGAUUCUCCUGUCGCAGAUGGUGGAAAGAAUGAUCUGGCAACAAAAUUGAGGGCUACAAUUGCUCAGAAGCAAAUGGAGGGGGAAACGGGGCAUUCAAAUGAUGGUGGUGAUCUUUUUCGCUUAAUGAUGGGUGUUUUGAAAGAUGAUGUUAUUGACAUUGAUGGCUUGGUUUUUGAUGAAAAAGUGCCCGCGGAGAACCUUUUUCCUCUGCAGGCAGUCGAGUUCACCAGAUUGGUCAGCUCCUUAAGGCCUGACGAGUCAGAAGAUGCAAUUGUAUCUUCUUGUCAGAAACUUGUAACUAUGUUUCGUCAGAGACCUGAGCAGAAAGCAGUAUUAGUGACUCAGCAUGGCUUCCUGCCUUUAAUGGAUCUACUCGAUGUUCCUAAAUCUCGAGUAAUAUGUGCCGUGCUGCAGCUGAUAAACGAAAUUAUUAAAGAUAACACUGACUUCCAAGAAAAUGCUUGUCUUGUUGGACUUAUUCCUGUUGUAAUGAGUUUUGCUGGUCCUGAGAGGGAUCGUUCUCGAGAAAUUCGUAAGGAAGCAGCUUACUUCUUGCAACAGCUUUGUCAGUCAAGCUCCUUAACGUUGCAAAUGUUCAUAGCUUGCCGUGGAAUACCCGUUUUGGUGGGAUUUCUUGAAGCAGAUUAUGCCAAAUACAGGGAGAUGGUUCACUUGGCUAUUGACGGGAUGUGGCAGAUAUUCAAACUCAAAAGAUCCACCCCAAGAAAUGAUUUCUGCCGUAUAGCUGCUAAGAAUGGAAUUCUUCUGAGGCUAAUCAACACUCUUUAUAGCUUGAAUGAGGCAACUCGGCUGGCUUCUAUAUCAGGGGGCGCACUGAUUGUGGAUGGUCAAGCUCCACGAGUGCGCUCUGGUCAACUUGAUCCUAACAAUCCUAUUUUUACUCAGCAUGAGACUUCACUCAGUAUGAUUGAUCAGCCUGAUGUAUUGAAAACUAGGCAUGGGGGUGGUGAAGAGCCUUCUCAUGCUUCAACUUCAAAUUCUCAAAGAUCAGAUGUCCAUCAACCAGAUGCCUUGCACCCAGAUGGCGAUAGGCCUAGACUAAGCAGUGUUACCCCAGAUGCUUCAACGUCUGGCACAGAAGAUGUUAGACAACAGCAUCGACUAUCUCUCUCCGCCAAUAGGACAUCAACAGACAAGCUUCAGAAGCUGGCAGAUGGUGCCUCUAAUGGUUUUCCUGUUACUCAAACAGAACAAGUUCGACCUUUGCUUAGCUUGUUGGAGAAAGAACCCCCUUCAAGACAUUAUUCUGGUCAACUGGAUUAUGUUAAGCACAUCACUGGCAUUGAGAGACAUGAAAGUAGGCUUCCUCUUUUGCAUGGAUCAAAUGAAAAGAAAACCAACGGAGACCUCGAUUUUCUGAUGGCUGAAUUUGCAGAGGUCUCUGGACGUGGAAAGGAAAAUGGAAAUCUAGAUACUACGCCUAGAUAUGCUGGUAAAACAAUGACAAAGAAGGUUCUGGCUGCUGAAGGAGUUGCUUCGACGUCUGGGAUUGCAUCUCAGACAGCAUCUGGAGUAUUGUCAGGUUCGGGUGUCUUAAAUGCUAGACCUGGAAGUGCCACAUCAUCUGGUUUACUUGCCCAUAUGGUCUCUACGCUGAGUGCAGAUGUCGCUAGGGAAUACUUAGAGAAAGUGGCGGACCUGCUUCUUGAAUUUGCUCGAGCUGAUACGACAGUAAAGUCAUACAUGUGCAGCCAAAGCUUACUCAGUCGUCUUUUCCAGAUGUUCAACCGUGUCGAACCUCCUAUUCUGUUAAAGAUACUGGAGUGCACCAAUCAUCUAUCCACUGAUCCAAAUUGUUUGGAGAACCUGCAGCGUGCGGAUGCUAUUAAGCAUUUGAUCCCCAACCUUGAGCUUAAGGAUGGGCAUCUUGUUUAUCAGAUUCAUCAUGAGGUGCUUAGUGCACUAUUCAACCUGUGCAAGAUAAACAAGAGGAGGCAGGAACAAGCGGCUGAAAAUGGAAUCAUUCCACACUUGAUGCUUUUCAUCAUGUCUGAUUCUCCACUAAAACAAUAUGCAUUGCCCUUACUUUGUGAUAUGGCGCAUGCAUCUCGGAAUUCAAGGGAGCAGUUACGUGCACAUGGCGGUCUGGAUGUUUACCUGAGUUUACUCGAUGAUGAAUAUUGGUCCGUAAUAGCCUUAGAUUCAAUCGCUGUUUGCUUGGCGCAAGACAAUGACACCCGCAAGGUGGAGCAGGCGUUGCUCAAGAAAGAUGCAAUUGAGAGAUUAGUUAACUUCUUCCAGAGCUGCCCAGAGAGACAUUUUGUGCACAUUUUGGAGCCAUUCUUGAAGAUAAUCACGAAAUCAUAUCGGAUCAAUACGACAUUAGCCGUAAAUGGAUUGACUCCGUUACUCAUCUCAAGGCUAGACCACCAAGAUGCAAUUGCUCGACUCAACCUCCUAAAACUUAUCAAGGCUGUAUACGAGCAUCAUCCACGGCCAAAACAGCUGAUCGUAGAGAACGACCUGCCUCAAAAACUGAAGAAUCUGAUAGAAGAACGACGUGAUGGACAACGUUCAGGAGGCCAAGUUCUGGUGAAGCAAAUGGCAACAUCUCUCCUCAAAGCACUUCACAUUAACACGGUACUGUGAGUCCAAAUACCAAAACUUCUAUACCUUGGGGACUGUAUAAAAUUUACUCCCAUUUUUUUCCAAGAAGAAAGUGAAUAUCUCUUCUUCUCGUCUCUUCCAUUUUUUACAAACUUGCAAGAUUUGUAAUUGUUUUAUUUAGUAGUGUGGCCCUCUUCUAGUGUGUGUUUUUUUAGUCCAUCGAGAGAUGCCAACACUUGUGGUUUUGUAAUAUGGUGUUUCCACCUCAAAAGUUUUCUUUAGUGGAUUAUUUUUAACGUGUUAAUUGA